AUGUCGGCCGAUCUAAGCUGGAUGAUAAUCAGGAACAGCAAUGCGUUUUUGUCAAAGAAAACUAACAUUAAGAAACCAUUCAGUAAAGAACCAAUGAACUUGACAAACUUGGCAUCAAAACGCUACAAUGGUCUUGUACACGAUAACAGUAUUGGUGUGGAAUCGGCUCCUAAUAACAAGGGAUUCACUGUCAUUACUAAAAAGCGCAAGUUGGCAAACAAACCAGGAAAAUCCCUUGUAAAAGUAAACUUUACUAGUGGUCCAAGAAGAUCAUUGUUCAAGUUGCGUAAAUAUUUACUUGGAAACAGCUACAGAAAAGACCUUAUCCAGGCUUCUUUAAGAAGGGCUAGUGCCAUUUUGGAAUCACAGAAACGAGCUACAUUGACCCUUAAGAAGUUGGGUAAAAGCAAGAAACCAGAUGCUUAA